ACUUGUACCUGAAUACCCGUGUGUGAUUAUUUUUCAAAUUUAAAUACACAUAAUAUAAACAUUUAUAUUGUAAAUAAUAAGUAUUUUAUUCUCGAUGCAGAAAGUUCUACAACGCUUGACAUUGAAGAAUAUACGAUUCAUGGCCAGCUUCUCACAAGUGAUCAACCCAAUGACAGGCCAAAACACAUGGCAAGAGCGCGGCGAUGACUACGAUUAUCAUCAGGAGGUGGCAAAUGCUGGCUUUGGUGAUAUGCUGCACGACUGGGAGCGUAACCAGAAGUAUGAUGCGGCAUUACGCAAAACAAUCGCGGAUAUGCGUCGUGCGGGCAAACAAGUUCAUGUGCUGGACAUUGGAACUGGGACUGGAAUUCUGGCCAUGAUGGCGUUACGUGCUGGGGCAGAUACUGUGACAGCCUGCGAGGCAUUCAUGCCUAUGGCGAACUGUGCAGCACGCAUUCUUGCAGCCAAUGAUGCCGGUAAUGUGCGCCUUAUUCGGAAACGCUCCACAGACAUAAUCGUGGGCGUCGAUAUGCCUCACAAAGCUAAUUUACUGGUAGCUGAGCUGCUGGAUACCGAACUGAUUGGUGAGGGAGCCAUUGGAAUUUACAAUCAUGCCCACGACGAACUCUUAACUGAAGAUGCGCUAUGUAUACCUGCGCGGGCUACGUGCUAUGCUCAGGUGGCGCAAUCACCACUGGCGUCGCAAUGGAACAGCCUAAAGAUCCUACCCAAUCUGGAUGGCGACAUACUCCUGCGGCCACCGGCACAGCUGCUGCAGUGCAGCGGCGAGGCUGCGCUUCACGAUGUGCAGCUUUCCCAACUGCCGCCCAAUUUAUUUCAAGUGCUCUCAGAGCCCGUGCAAAUCUUUCACUUUGACUUUCAGCGCAAGCAACCACUGGAGCGGAAGCGAGAGAAUGUCCUACGCAUGCAGCUCAGUAGACCUGGCAGCGUUGAAUUGGUUUUCUAUUGGUGGCAAAUUGAGCUGGAUGAUAACGGUGAGCAGAUGCUAAGUUGUGCACCCUAUUGGGCCCACCCAGAAUUGGAAAAAUUGAGUACGAAUCGCAAAGACACACAGCGACCGCUGGCCAACAUUGUGCCCUGGCGGGAUCACUGGAUGCAGGCCAUCUACUACAUACCCAAGCCUCUGCAUAUGCAUGACGUCGGUGAAGAGUUCUGGCUGAGGUGCUCCCAUGACGAAUAUUCGCUCUGGUUUGACGCAUACAAGAACAAGCCAGAGAAGCCAGCACGGCGACAUAGUUGCAGCUGUGAUCUGCACAUGACCUACACCCGAAAUCGCAUUGGCCAGCUUAACCAAAGUAUUAGAAACAAGCGGUACCUGGCCUAUCUGGAGCAGGCAGUGCAGGCAAAACCUGCACAUGUGUUGGUAAUGGGCGAUGGCUGCCUGCUCGGACUUGCUAGCGCUGCGUUGGGUGCAACCAUCGUGCACUGCCUGGAGCCGCAUCGCUUCUCGCGCCGACUGCUCGAGUCCGUGGCUAAGCACAAUCAAUUAAAAAACGUUAAGUUUUUAGAUAACCUUAAGCAGUUAGAGCCAAAAGAGCUAAAUACUAUUACACACAUCUUUGCUGAGCCCUAUUUCUUGAAUGCUAUUCUGCCGUGGGAUAACUUUUAUUUUGGGACAUUGCUGCUGCAGCUGCAGCAACUUAACUUACCUGCCACUGUAGAAAUAUCGCCUUGUGCAGCUCGAAUUUUUGCGCUGCCCGUAGAGUUUCUGGACCUGCACAAGAUACGAGCGCCCAUUGGUAGCUGCGAGGGUUUCGAUCUGAGGCUCUUUGACGACAUGGUGCAGCGCUCAGCUGAACAAGCCUUGUCGCUGGUAGAAGCGCAACCGCUCUGGGAAUAUCCUUGCCGUGCUCUGGCACAGCCGCAGCAACUGCUCAGCGUUAAUUUUUCCAACUUUGGUGUGGAACAGAAUAACCAGGGCAGCAUUAAGCUAGCAGUUAAGGGCAGCUGUAAUGGCAUUGCGUUGUGGGUGGACUGGCAGCUAGCGCCGAAUGAUAGUCCCAAGUCAAUCGUAAGCACCGGACCCCUGGAGCCCGUGGAACCGGGUCAGUACAUCAAGUGGGAUAUGUUUGUGCGGCAAGGAGUACACUUCAUAAACCAAACAAAAACAGAGCAAAAUUAUUUGGAUUGGAGCAUAACGUUUAGGCCUUUGCUAGGAGAGCUAAAUUUCAAUUUUUCUCUACAUACAAAUCGGGAAAAAAGCUAAUAAAAGCAGACAUAAUUUAAGUACAAGAAUUUGGACACGAAUUACGGCAAUACAUAUCAUAAAUA